CCAAUGACUCCCCGAAUGCUAAUCAUAUAAAAAUCAUAUCAGACUCACAAAGAAGAAGACAACACAAACAGAAAACACUUUCUUCAACGAGCUUCACAACUCCCCCGCGUCUCUCUUUCUUCUCAGUUUUCUGUUAACUUCCUCAUGAAUUCAAAACUAACUGAAAAAGACACAAUUUUUCUUUAGGGUUUUUGCUUCUCUUCUUCUUUUCCCUUUUUUUUUUUGUUAAUAAAAUUAAUAAAAUUAUUUUCCAACUUCUUUCCCAUGAUCCAAACUCUCCUCCACAGCGACCUCAGAUUCAAAUUCUGAGAAAAUUCAAUAAAAUCUCAUCAUGGGUGUUUCGUUUAAGGUCUCAAAGACCGGUACCAGGUUCCGUCCCAAGCCUCCUCUGCAAUCCGAGACCAGCGUUGUUGACGAUGACGUGUCCGAUACUUCCAGAAGCAGCUCCCGAGCUGCCCCCAGGAAUGAAUCCAAUCCUCGAAUGCUCGAGGGUGAUGUCAUUGAGAGACAUGGUAGUGUGCCCGGGGUAUCUGGUUCAUCAAUGUCUUCUGAAGGUCUUCUCGUAUCUCCAGAGAAUGAAGUUUCCUUCACUUUGAAUCUCUUCCCAGAUGGAUAUUCUUUUGGAAAACCCUCAGAGAAUGAGAAUGCUCAUCAAGGUACACUUCAAGAUGUUCCAAAGUUGUUGCACCCGUAUGAUAGGACAUCUGAAACUCUUUUUUCGGCAAUUGAAUCUGGCCGGUUGCCUGGAGAUAUUCUAGAUGAUAUACCUUGCAAGUAUGUUGAUGGAACACUUCUGUGUGAGGUUCGUGAUUAUCGCAAAUGUAUUUCUGAACAAGGGCCUGGUAGUCCGCCUACUGAAGGAUCCCUUGUUGUAAAUAAAGUAUGCCUCAAAAUGUCAUUGGAAAAUGUAGUGAAGGAUAUCCCACUGAUCUCAGAUAAUUCUUGGGCUUAUGGUGAUCUGAUGGAAGUGGAAUCCCGAAUAUUGAAAGCUUUGCAGCCACAACUUCACUUGGAUCCAGCUCCGAAGUUGGACAGGCUCUGUAAGAAUCCAGUUCCCACAAAGCUCGAUUUGGCUUUGACCAGUAUCCGGAGAAAGCGGUUGAGGCAGAUGCCAGAAGUUACCAUCACAUCUAGUAGCAAGACACAUGGGAAGAAAGUUUGCAUUGAUAGAGUUCCAGAAAGCUCCAACUGUAGGUUGGGAGAUUCAGGAAUCCUUCCAAGCAAUAUGAUGCCACAUCACAUCCAUGAAAAUUUAACCACUCAAAAUUUGAGCCCAAAUAACAUGUUGGUCCGAUCUAAGAAUUUUAUGUCCGAUGCUUCUGUUCCGGCACUGCCCAACCAAUCUAGGUAUCAUAUGGGGGUUGGAACCCCAAGAAGUAUGCAGGACCAUGGAUCAGGAACUGUUGCCAAUGCAUCAGCUUCACCAGUUGGGCAGGACACAAUGAUCUCAUAUGCUGACAAUGUUAGCACCAAUGUACCUCUUCAUGGAAAGAGAGAGCAUCAAGAUGGGCAAAUGUCACACUUAUCUACUUUUAAUAAAAGACAGAGGCCCUCACCAGUUGGCCUUGACGGAAUGCAACAUCAGCAAAUAGGGCCACAUAUAGACAGCUUCCAUGGAUCAGAUAUGAACUGGAAGAAUACAUUGUUGCAGCAGCAAACAAUGGCCAAAGGAAUUCAGUAUUCUAAUACAGGCAUUCAGAAGUUUCCUCAGCAGGUGUUUGAAGGGGCACCGAGUCAGGAUGCUGGGACAAUGCAAUUUUCUGUAGGACAGCCAAACAUGAGAUAUGGUGCCAAGGAAGAGCAGUUUGAGACAGGUAAGUUAGAUGGGUCAGAGCUCAGUGGGAUUAAGAAUGAUAUGCAGAUGGUGGAAGGAGACACAGGCCAUCUUGACCCACAAAUAUCACGGCAUCACCAAAGAUUACCACAGCAUCCAUUCAUGAGAUCUAGUUUUUCUCAGCAAUCCUGGAAUAAUUUUGGUCAGAAUAUUGAGAAAGAUGCAAGAAAGGAUGACCAACUCCAAAAAAGAAAAUCAGUUCAAAGUCCCCGAUUAUCUUCUGUGUCUUUGGUUCAAUCCCCAUUAUCAUCAAAAUCAGGGGAAUUUUCUAAUGGUUCUGUAGGACCCCACUUUGGAGCAGUUGCAGCAACUGCUGCUUUAGGGGUAUCGCAGAAGGAGAAGGCAGCAAUGACUGCAGUUCCUGCUAUCGGAACCCCAUCUUUGACCUCCAGUGCUAAUGACUCUAUGCAACGGCAACACCAGUCUCAAGUUGCUGCAAAGCGAAAGUCAAAUUCCCUCCCUAAGACCUCAGCAAUGAGCGGUGUUGGAUCUCCUGCCAGUGUUAGUAAUAUAAGCGUUCCACUAAAUGCAGGCAGUCCUUCUGUCGGAACUCCAUCUUCUACUGAUCAAAGCAUGCUUGAAAGAUUCUCAAAAAUUGAAACUGUUACCAUGAGGUAUCAACUCAACAGAAAAAAGAAUAAGGUUGAUGAUCCACCCAACAGGAAGCCAAAUACAUUUUCAGCUCAACAACUUCUGACCUCCCUCUCAAAUGGUUCCAAUAAUGACGAUUUCAAAGAGGAUCCAUCCAUGAGAUCUUUGUCGAAGUCACUUGUUGGUGGCAACAUGAAUAUCUGCAAGACUAGAGUUUUGAAUUUUACGCAGCAUGAUCGUAUAGUUCAAGGAGGAACUGCUUAUGAUGUUCUGAAGGCACGAACUAGAUUGAUCAUGUCAGAGAAACCAAAUGAUGGUACUGUAGCAAUGUACUAUGGCGAAAUAGAUGAAGCUGAAUUUCUGGCUGCUGAGGAUUAUCUUCCCACGUUGCCCAAUACUCACUUGGCGGAUUUGCUUGCAGCACAGUUCUCUUCACUGAUGGAACAUGAGGGUUAUCGUAAAGAGGAUCAAAUCCAACCAAAGCCAAGCCGCAUGAAUCUUGGCCCAGGAAAUCAAUCAAAUGCUUCUGGACUGCCUCGUAAUAAUUCAGCAGUUGAGAUGCAACAAUAUGCAGAAUCAGUUUCAGGUCAGGCAUCCAAUGAAGUUGCUAAGCCAAUUAAUGGUGGUAAUUCAUCCUUAAAUCCGGCCCAGAAUCUUCUACCAAGCACAAGGAUGCUGCCUCCAGGAAACCCUCAGGCCUUACAGAUGUCUCAAGGGCUCUUGACUGGGACUUCAAUGUCUCAACGUCCACAACAGAUGGAGUCACAGCCAUCACUUCAGCUGCAGCAGCAGCAACAGCAGCAGCAGCAGCAGCAGCACCAACAACAACAGCUACAACAACAACAACAACAACAACAACAACAACAACAACAACAACAACAACAACCGCAGCAGCAACAACAGCCGCAGCAGCAGAGCAGCCAACACUCCAUGAUUCAGCAGCAGCAUCCCCAGCUCCAGAGAUCAAUGAUGCUUGCAAAUCCACUUUCGCAGUUGAAUGCAAUUGGACAGAAUCCCAACAUGCAGUUGGGUAAUCAGAUGGUGAAUAAGAUUUCCACCCUGCAACUUCAGCUUUUACAACAGCAGCAGCAACAGCAGCAACAACAACAGCAGCCGCCACAAAUGCAGAGAAAAAUGAUGAUGGGACUUGGAACAGCUAUGGGUAUGGGGAGCAUAGGCAAUAACAUGGUUGGGCUUUCAGGCCUUGGAAACACAAUUGGCAUGGGAGCUGCAAGGGGAAUAGGAGGAAUGUCAGCACCCAUGACACCUAUUUCUGGAAUUGGAAAUGUGGGUCAGAAUCCAAUGAAUUUAAGCCAGGCUUCAAAUAUUAGCAAUUUAACCCAGCAAAUUCAAUCUGGAAGAUUAACACAAGCUGCUCUCAUGGCAUCUAAAUUUAGGAUGCAACAGAACCGAGGCGGCAUGAUAGGGGUCCCUCAGUCAAGCAUGGCUGGGAUGUCAGGAUCCAGACAGAUGCAUCAGGGAACUGCUGGUCUCUCAAUGUUGGGUCAAUCUCUGAGCCGAACUAGUAUGAGUCCUAUGCAACCUAUGGGUCCACCAAAGCUGGUGGCGGGGAUGAAUAUGUACAUGAACCAGCAGCAGCAGCAACAACAGUUACAGCAACAACAGUUACAGCAGUUGCAGCAACAACAGCAAUUGCAGCAGCAGCAGCAAUUGCAACAGCAGCAACAAGAAACAACUUCACCACUACAGGCUGUUGUUUCGCCUCAGCAGGUGGGCUCCCCAUCAACGAUGGGAAUUUCACAACUAAACCAGCAAAGCCAGCAGCAACAGCAGCAGGCUAGCCCACAGCAAAUGAGCCAAAGAACUCCAAUGAGUCCACAGCAGAUGAGCUCAGGGGCAAUCCAUGGCAUGAGUGCUGGUAACCCAGAGGCUUGUCCUGCAAGCCCACAGCUGAGCUCUCAAACGCUUGGUUCAGUUGGUAGUAUCACAAAUUCCCCUCUGGACCUUCAAGGUGUGAACAAGAGCAACUCUGUUGGUAAUGCAUAGUAAAAUUAUGAAAUCUUGGGCUUGUUUUCUGGAGUUAAUGGUUCAGCUGCUCCUCUCAGAAGCCUCCUCCUCAAGUUCAGGAAUUGUUGAAGCAAAAGCUGAUGUUGUGGGCAGGAAUUGGCUUUGAAUUUCAGAGAUAAGUCAACCUGUAGAAUUAUUAGGAAUUAACAUUACAACAUUUAUAUAGUUCAAUAAUGUCUGGCAGAAGUACUACUUUAGUACUUGAUGUCACCUUUGACAGGUGCAAAGGUGAAUACUUUUACUGGGCUCCAGAGCGCUGAGAAAUAAGAUCCAUCAAGAAGCAUUGUGCUGUAUAAGUGUGUAAGUUCUUGGGAAUUGGUUAAAUGUUUAUUUGACUCACAAAAGUUUACUGUUAACCCAAAUAGUUAGUAUUUAUCCAGAUUGUCAUAUCUCA